UAUAGAAAACAAGGUGAUGAAUUGUCGAAUGGACUUUAAAGUUUUUGAAAAGUGUUGCAAAUGCAAAAUUUUAGUUUAAUUCAUUUUGUAUUUAUUAAUUGUUUUAGGUAAACAUUUUACUGAAGAUUCUUACUUAAUUUUCAUGAAAUUCGUAUUGAUAUUUGUGUAGUUUAGAAAAAAAAAUGUUAAAUCAAUGCAUUAAGUCAUAUUUUCAAGUAAAUAAAGCGCAAAUGAAUACAAUACGAAGACUUACAUCGGUAUCCAAAAACAAAAAAAAAGAUGACUGGAUAAGCGUUGUUGGGUUAGAGGUACAUGCCCAAAUAUCAUCAAAUACAAAACUGUUUUCUGGUAGUGAAAACAAGUUUGCAGCAUCGGUCAAUCAAAAUGUCUCGCUUUUUGAUUCGGCAAUUCCAGGAACAUUACCGGUGUUGAACAAAUAUUGCGUGGAAUCUGCUUUAAGGACAGCGAUUGCAUUAAACUGUAAAAUAAAUAAUAUAUCAAUGUUUGAUAGGAAACAUUAUUUUUAUGCCGACUUGCCUGCCGGAUAUCAAAUAACUCAGCAAAGGAAAGCAAUAGCCAAUCACGGAAAAAUCACAUUUCCAGUUUAUGUACCGGGUGUAGUAAAAAAACCUUAUGAAAAAACUGUUCGCCUGUUUCAAUUACAAUUGGAACAAGACAGUGGAAAGUCGUUGCAUGAUACCGAAGCCAAGAGGAGUUUAGUUGACUUGAAUAGAGCAGGUAUCCCGUUAAUGGAAUUGGUUUUCGAGCCAGAUUUAUCAGAUGGUGAGGAAGCUGCUUCAUUAGUUAAAGAGCUAAUAAUUACUUUAAAAAGGCUUGGCAGUUGUAAUUGUCGAAUGGAAGAGGGCGCACUGCGUGUUGAUGCAAACAUUUCUAUACAUCGAGCAGGUGAGCCGCUUGGUGUUCGUACAGAGAUAAAAAAUAUAGGCUCCGUACGAAAUGUAGCACAAGCUAUUGCAUAUGAAAUCGAAAGACAGAAAUGUGUUAAGACAAAUGGUGGUGAAAUAAUUAAUGAAACAAGGUCUUGGAAUGCUUUGACAAGAAAAACGAUAACGAUGCGUGAUAAAGAAGUUCAACAAGAUUAUAGAUUCAUGCCUGAACCAAAUUUGCCACCAUUACAUAUCGAUAUGGAGGAAGAUGAUAUUGAUAGAGGUAUAUUGAAAUACAAUAAAUUGAAAACAACUAUUCCUGAAUUACCAAGCAAAACGAGGGAAAUAUUAGUUAACGAAAUAGGUUUAUCGAAAGAAAUAGCAAUAAUUUUGGUAAAUGAGCCUUUCCUUUUAAAUUACUUUAAUGAUAUUAUAAAAAUGCAAAAAAGUGUACCUCCAAAAAUCAUUGCAAAUUUUUUGAUAAACGAGUUAAUGGCAGCAUGCAACAAAAUUAACAUUAACAUUGAAAUAUGUAAAAUAAAAGUAGGUCAGUUAUCAAAUAUCUUGGCAUUGCUGCACAAUGGUUUUAUAAAUCUCACAACUGUGAAAAUUAUUUUAGACGAUUUAAAUGAAGAUCCGAAUCAAGAUGUUAUGAAUAUAAUUAAGAACAAAGACUUGCAACAAAUUUCGGAUGCAAAAGAAAUUGAAAAAAUAUGUGUAGACGCAAUUGGUGCCAACAAAAAAGCUGUAGAACAAUUUAAAAAUGGAAAAGCAAAAGCUAUUUUUGCAAUCGCUGGUCAUAUUUCAAAGGUCACAAAUCAAAAAGCUAACAUGAAUUUGGUUAUGAAAAAGUUGGAAGAGUUAUUAAAACAAAAUAAAUGAGUUUUAUUGAAGUAAAUAGAUAUAUAUAAAUAAGAUUCAAAAUCAAAAAAAAUUUUUAUGCAAUAA